GCGUACGUCAGUAAGGCGCACUGCGCUUGCGCGUAUGACGUUUACACGGCGGUGGUGUAGUCAAGAUCCGAUUAACAACUAUCUUUGCUUGUGUUUGUUGAGUGCAAAACAAUGUGAAAAGUGGUUGUUAAAUUAAUUUUCUUAGUAACUUGUAUCCUUUCCGACUCAAAAUCAAUAAAGACGCAAAAUGUAAGGUAUCCCACCUUUGCUGUGAAGUGGAAUGUGAUGAGGGAAGAUAGUGCGUCCAGUUCGAACAAUUAAAGGAUACAUUGGGAAAAGAAAAUGCGGAUCAAGACGUAUUCAGAUUAUCGCCCGAAUGGGCCACCGCCACGGCUGGGCCUGAAGGCGGCGAGCCCCGGCGUGGACGAGGACUGUAACAGCAACACCAGCCUCGCCGGCUCGCAGCACUCCACGCACGAUGAACUCGACUCCCACUGCGACAACUCCGGGUACCUUUGGCUGCUUGACUAUAAUCCAAUGUUUCGAGACGGCUCCUGUCACCACAUCUCAGUGCUGUCCUCGGUGUCGGCUUCGUACAAAGGGCUGAGCGACCUAACAUCCCGCUUUGAGUUCGCCUCAAGAUACAAGGACCUCGCCAGGGACCUCGAUGCGAACCUCGCUGAAGCCGACAUGGAGAGCUUUAAGACCGAAGACAUCCACGCUCUCCUCAUGACCGCCGAUUUGCCUCACGAUACCAUCAUUGAUGAUAUAGCCCACGAUAGUAACCCCCAAGGCGAGAUGUUUGCGAGCAUCUCGAGUUCUCUGGUGGAAAGGUUUCAGUUGGACAGUUCUAUGAGCGCCGCCAGUAGUUUUCAGGGUGAAGAAUCAGUUGGCUCCAUCAAUACUAUGUCAAUAUGCAAAUCGGAGCUUCUAUUCUCUCCGGUGAAGGAAGCUGUACAUGGGGUCCACUUCAGUGUGGACAGCCUCGACUGCGAGCUGCCCACUGAACAGGACCUCAUCCUCACGUGUCAAGCAAACAAGGAUAACUAUACCAUCGCAUUCGAGGGCAGCGUCACCAUCUACUCUGAGGACAAUGAGUGCAUCGAGCCUGCCGUCAUUCAAAAACAUGACAAUCUGGUUAAGGAAAAUAUAAAUAUAGGUCUAGAUAGUGAUGAAAGAACGCGCAGGAAUUUAGAAUUAUUAGAAAGAUGUAAGAAACUUACUCAUAAAUUAACAACGUCUAUGGCUAGAAGCGAACUAGGAUUAACAACAUGGAGUAAACUCAAGAAACAAACGAGUCAGUCUCCACUCCAAAGGCAUCCGUCUGGCAAUAACAAUGGAGACUCAAAUGAUUCGGCUGACGUAAUUAACGAAAUGAACAACUCGGUUAUUAAGAGUCAAAGCUUACCAAAUUUGUACAGGCGAAAACUAAUGAGUAGUUCAAUAAAUUCUGCUGCUUUGAGUAACUCUACGGUCGAUUCCUUCACAGUUAAUCAAAGACUAACAGGCACAUCAGCGUGUAUGAAGGUUUACGAUGUAUCUCAAAAUCGUUCGUCACAUGGAAGUCAGCUAUCUGAACCAAUGAGCACAUCUUCUACUGAAAAUCAAACGUCAUCCGACAAAAGCCAAACCAAACAAUCAUUUAAUUUAGUGAAGCUCUUCAUGAAACAAAAAAGUAACAGUAACGAAGGUAUUGUUAGCAUGGAUCAACUAGAUAGAUCGGAUUGUUGGCCUUCGAGUUCUGGUGGUGAAAGUGGUGAAUCAAUGGGUGAACAAAAACUUGGAGAUUCUAGAACACUAUGUUCUGACAGACCGCAAAUAGAUUUACCUCGAGAUGGGCAAGAUGAGUCCCUUGUAUACGACGAAAUAAGAUCUGUUAAUCCGUUCAAUAGGGUAUAUGAUGAAGUUUUAGUAGAAGAGGAUGAAGUUGAGGGUAGCAAGACUAGUGAUAAUGAAUCUCAAGUUUACGCUGUAGUUAAUAAAUCUCACGCUAGACGAACAAACAUUUCAAACAGCCCUUCAAAAUUACGAGCAAAUAGAAAGUCGUGUUCCUCGACAUCUGCUACUAGUAUUUCCAGCUGUUCUGAAUCUGACGGUACUCAGAUAUAUCGAUUCAAUAGAGUACUGCAAAAAGAAAAUUGUGAUACAAAAUCUACUUCUACCCAUCUGGAAGCAGAUACAAUCGAUAAAAGUAUGCAAACAUCAAUUCAAGCUUCAACAGCAAGCCGUGAUCGAGAAAUGAUAAAACUUAUGGAAUCUUCAUUUUUGGAUAAAUUGAAAGAAGGUGACUGUGAAAAGCCAGUGUUUGUUCUCUAUCCUAACUAUACCUUACCUGAUAUAAGCUUUUUGAACGGAAGACCAAAUAUUUAUUUGAACCCCAUUAAAGUAAACCUUAAACCAAAAAGUAAUGAAAACAAAAGAAGUCGUAUGCAAGUAAGAGGUAAACGACCAUUCUCCUGCAAUGACGUAGAAAUGUUAAAGAAAAAAGGUGUCGGUCAUAUCAAAGAUUGGGAUUCACUGAACUUUUUAUUACCACCUGAGUGCAAACAAAUGCUAUCAGAAAUGCCAGAAAUUCGGCAACAUAUUAAAGAGAAGGAGUGUCGAUGCAGCGAAAAAUAUCCUUUAUCUAAGCAGAAAAAUAGGCCAAUGAGUUGUGAUUGCCAGCAUUUAGCAAACAAUACAACGGUUUCCUCUAGUUCAAGUACAGCUACUCAACCGUCAUCUGGUUAUCGUGGAUCUUCUACUAUGUUGACCGAUUCAUCAGCACAAAACAGCCCUGCGCCUACAGGAAACUUUAACCCAUUAUUCGUUUAUCGCUAUGAUAGCGCUACCAGUUCGGAGGCCAGUUGUACAAACAAUGAAGCUCAAAGAAUCAAUCCAACAAUACCAAAACGUUCUCUAUCAUUAGCAGAACAAAAUCGACUCGCCAAACAAGGCGAGUUUGCGCCACCAAGGCCACCUUUACCAAAGAGUAUUUUACGCAAAUCUGUAGAUAAAAAUAAGAAAGCCAACGCACACAAUAAGCGUUACAGUAUGUUUGAAAUGGAUGAAUUUUUAAAUGAUGCAGUUGUAUGUAAUGCUACUGUCGGUGAACAAAAAACUAAAAGAAGGUCGUUACAAGAACCUUACUAUCUUCAAAAUCAACCAAAUUGUGACUAUCGGAAAAAUAACGAUUUAGCUGCUAAAAGGCUUUCGCAGCAGUUUUUGGAUGCCGCAGAGAAAGACGCAGACUACAAUGAAUACUUCCAAGAUGAAGGCGUUGGUACAGAAAGCAGUUUGGAUUCAGGGAAGUCCAACGAAAUUCAAUAUCGUCGGCCGCAUACACCCCCAUUACCGAAACCAAGAACCAAAAAAUUGGAAUAUAUUGAAUUCCCACCUCCGGAUGCGCUAAUUAGUAGUGCCGACUUGCAACAACUGGAAGAAUUUCUUAAAUUGAGUGGUUUCAAUUGCCAAAAUAUGGAUGAAUGGGACCAAAAUCAAGUACAAAAGGUAAGAAAUCAGGUAACCAAGUUUCUUCAGAUGAAACGUUCUCAAGAAGAGAAUCAGAGGUCUACAGAUUCUAGUGGCAGUAGUUGUAAUAGUAAAAAAUCUGUGAGCUUCGCACAAAAACCUGAUCCCAAAGGCGAGACACAGCAUGCUUCUGUAAAAGCUGUUGAAGAGCUCAAGGUUCAAAGUCUUACGACUCCACCAAAUUCGCCUAACUUAUCUGCAAUGGUAGCACAAAGGCACUAUCAGGGGAAAAAUUUGGCCGAAAUACCAAUAUGCGAGGAGGGCGAAGUUACACCAGAUGAUUUUACUAGUCCAACGCAACAAGACGGAAGACUCAAAUAUGAUAUUGAUAUUUCACAGAAAAGAGCAUUAGUAUCUAACGUGACCGAUGCUGUAGAGAUGUUGAUUCAACAUUUCGCGCCGGCUACGGACCAAGCUGAAUUAGCUUUCUUAGGUGACUCCAAACAAUCUCCCGCCUGUGCUAAGAUUGCACUCAACGCACUUUGUCCAGCAUUGUACGCAAUAUUUAGAGACGGUCUCAAAGAAAACAUUGAAACUUCAUUUGGAGCUGUUAAUAACUCAGUUUGGCAAAUGGUAGAAGCAACUGCCAGACAAGGUCCAAUAACCAAGUCACUCAACGAAUUGGUAUUGAGAAUUAACAGCGAGGACGCGGUAACUGAAGGGCUAGUCAAAUUCAACGCAUUCAUACUUGGCCUGCUGAAUUCGCAGUCCGUCGACGCAUGGGUUUCAUACGUCCGCACAAGGGAAUCAAUACUUGCAAAACACUACGACCAAGAUUCUUUGAUAUUGGCUGGUUGCGUCGGCGACCCGCGAUGCAGAGCCUUGUUGGAUACGCUGUUGGCUAGCCUCGAACCUCUUAAAUUAUUGCCUUUUAACUUGGACCUCAUGUUUGAGAUGCGCGAACUACAUCGAAGUUUCAAGAAAAUCGAGAGCGACAUGCGAGCUGCUAGUCGGCCCACAACGAUUAACUCUCCACCACUAACACUAAAUCAAAGAAACCUACUAAAACUGGUCCGGUCCGUGCAAUCGAGCGUCUCGGUCGAGGACUGCCAAACCAGCGUGAUAAUGAGACACAAAGAGCCGAAAAAAGAGCCAUCGACGCCGGACCUGCUCAAUGACACGGCACAAGUUAAGACCGUAGUUGAUAAGAAUAGGCCGAGAUCGUGUGUGAACCCCGCUCCGGUUGGAUACGACAUCUGUCCGAAUAACAGUCGAAUCGAGCUAGACACGAGAAGGUGGUCGGGGGUACACCUCGGCUCCAAGCUAAUGCAGGCUUUCGACAGGCUAGUGCUCGAUGACAGUGACGAUUACACUGAUAGCUUAGAGAAUAACAAGCCCUCAGCUAAAACGACCGGCAAUGACCCGAAGCUGGAAUGUAGCGGUGAGGAGCCAUGGCGGCCGGGAUCAGCCAACAGUUGCGCGAGUGCUAACACGGGCAGCAACAACUCUGGCGGCAAAUUCCGGCGACUACAGCUCAAGUGGGAGAUGUUGAGCACCGCGGAGAGUCCAGUCACACCAACCGGUGAGACCUCACCAGCUGCGGCACGCGGGUCCAAGAUCCCCCGCCCCGUAUCGUCCCCGGUGCGACCACAAGCGCCCGCGAUACAGUCGCCCGCUAAAAACACGCACCGUGGUAUCCCAGUGCCGGUCCGCAAAGGCGUAUCCCCGACAUCGACGGCGCCGCGGGCCGCCCCAUCUCGUAACACCACACCGAAGAAACCACCGCAUCCAGCGCACAGAAAUAUUCCAGAAAAACCUACAAGGAAAGUUGCUGAAAAGCGAGUGACGCAAACCAAUGUUGCCGUCGCUAAAAACACUCAGGGUGUUAAGAAAACUGCGACGUCGCGCGUGGACGGCGUGAGCGGUGUGGGCGCGCCGCGCCCGUCGUCGCUGCCGUACGGUCGCGCCGCUCCGCCCCCCGCCGCGCCCCGCCGUGCCGCCUCCUCGUCCGCCGCGCGCGCCUCAGCACAGCACCACGCCAAACACAAGUAUGUCAGAACACUAUGGCAUCGGCUACCUUCGGACUCCGGUCACCUAGCAUUUAACGAGGGCGAGCGAUUGCGGCUAAUCCUGGAGGUAGACGAUCAGCAUCUUCUCUGCUGCAGGGGAGAUCAGAAGGGCCUCGUUCCCCGCGACGCGGUGCUGCUCGAGGAUUUCUGAUAUUGGCACGGAUAGCACGACUGGCACCCGUACUGGAGGCCACUGCGUAUAUCCAGCGCGAGACACUAAGUGAGACUGAAUGUGUAAAUGUGUGCGUGUGCAACUGUACAAAGUCGGUAGAAACUGGUGUGGUGUGAUAAGGAGCGGCCCAAAGACUGUCCACCCUGUGUUUGUAAAGUCCUGUCCCGUUGGAGUUCUCUGUGAAUAAUUUAUUUUGAUGUUACCCGGAACGAUCGUAUUCGUUGCGUAGUCUUUGAUCAGGGAUUCCUGUGAUGUUUUAAGUUUUAAUGACAUUUCUUAUACUUACUCUACGAUAGCUUCGUUAAAUUAUUCGUAUUUUAGGUCUCUACUUGACAUUUUCUGUAAGUUAAUUAUUAUUUUGAUGACUGAGUAUCGCGGCGACCCCUGUUCAUCGAUCACUAAUCGUAUCGCACAUCGUAUUGCGUAGUAAAAUCUAGUCUUACGUUAAGGCACGACGUCUCGGAUUGUAUAUAAAUCGUUGUAAGUCCACAAGUUGGGGAAGUAUUCAGGGCGGGUCGGUUCGCGGAGGCGACAUCGCGAUGAGUAAUUCCCCAACCAUAUGUGAUAUAGAAAAUGAUAUUUAAAGUUUACUCUAAGGACAAAUUUCUUAUAUUAAGUGAACUCCUAUAUAAAAGACAGCAUCGCCGCCGCGAAAGGCGCCAGACGUUUAGGUAAAUUGGAAUUCGGUGUCUAUAACGAUAAAUGUAUUAUAAUUGUACUUAAUGGAAUUUAGUGUGUGUCUGUAUAUAACGUUCGAGGUCUCAAUAUCUUCUGACCUAGGGCUAAUAAAUACCGGCUUUUUUGUUUUUCACAAACAGUACCGCAAUAGUUGAGACACUUGAGACCACUACAGGCUUUUAACUCUUUGUGACGAUUAACCGCAUGCUUCCUCUCCUAUACGCCGUCCUCACAGGCUGUGGUGCUCCGGUCUACUGGGAAGCUUCUGGGAAGCUUAACACUUUUUCGUCACUAACAGCACGGCCUGAACCAGCUAUCCCAUCCUUCAGGUUUCCUAGUCAUUUCAAAGUGUUGGCGCCUAACUGUUCUGUAAUAUUAACUGCAUGUGCCUCACCACUGCUCACUCCUUCAGCACCAGCACUCGGGGAAGCAUCGACAACUUCGACUCGACCCAAAGUUUUCAACAUCGAUUCCACAUUGAUAUUAAAAAUUUUCUCAUCGUCGAGUUGACAUCGCACAUUUUUUGUUGGUAAAUUCAUAACAGCCCUAGAUAUCGUAUUCAAUAUCACUGUCUGUAAUGUGCUAUUUUAUCGCUUUACGCUAGUUACGAUAUUGUGAUAUUAAACCAUAUCACCGCUUCGAGCCGGGAACGGAUAGAUGAUAUUUUUGGUACUCAUAUUGCUCAGGGGUAUAGGGGUUAAUGUAAUCGUGUAAUCGACGUACUAGUAAUCGUUUAUCGUUGUUAAUUGAUGUAAAUAUAUUAACUAGAAAAAGUAUUCAAAAUUGUAAACAUAACAAAUGCACGAUACAGUUCCUUUCGUAGUCCGUCGUGCGUAUCGCAUUCGUUAGAGGGCGCCUUUGCCGCGCGGUGCUGUCUCUUGCCAGCGUCUACGUGGUGUCAACAUAUAGGGAAAUAUAUAAUACAAUAACUAGAAUAAUUUAGCUAUGUUAAAUAUAUAUACAUUGGAAACCACUCUUGCGUUAAACCAUUUCAUACUUAUUGAAGGGACUCAAUACCUUGAAGGUAGAUCAUUAUUAAUUAUUAUUUCAUUGGUAGAAUCAACUUUUUUUACUAAAAAGUCUUGUUUUCUGAUUCGGUACCCAAACCUUUUUCUGUUUAGUUAUUUAAAUGUAGCUACUGAUUUUGAUUUAAUUACUAAGAUUUUUGCAAUUGACUAAUUUGAAUAUUAAUCACAAUAUUAAUUCUUCAUCUCUACUAUUUCAAUGUAUUGAGCCCCAAUUUUUCGCUUUGUGACUGAAUGAUGUGAUGUGGCCUUUUGUAUGUAAUUAAUGAUAGUUAGUGUGAGAGCUUGUCGCAUUGUCCUCAUAUGUUAAAUCGACGCUUCCAUGUAUACUCAUGAGUCUAUAGCGGUGUAGGUCGAAUAUGCCUUAAUCUGAUUGCGAAACGGAGGUUCGCUUCUACGCUUGAAUCGCUUGGGAGUUGCAUGUAUUAAUAUUAGAGUUAGUCGUAAGUUUUUAUCGACAGUUUGUAUUGAAAGAUAUUGAAAUGUUAAUUUUUAUAGUAAUUCCUGCGCGCUCAUGUUACGAUGGUGGGUUGUCCUCGGGGGGAGUUUCGUGUGUUUAUUUAUAAUUGGGAUCAAAUGAGUUGAUUUUUUUUGUAUCAAAUUUUAUUUUUUUUAAGAAAAUAACGGUAAAUAAUAAAAAUAGACGUCCGCGAGGCGGGCGUCAACGAACGACUGAGAAAUGAAUUCCGAAUAUUUAUAAGUUAAUUACGAAAGUUUCAUUAGACAUUCAUCAAUCAUUGUAUAUGUAUUGUUUAUUAUUAUUGUGUUAAGUGCCAUAAUUUUAUGAAUUAACAAUCGAGAAAUAUAUGCAUAACCAUGUACACAAUUAAACAAUAAAUUUAAAUAGAA